UGGGCUUAGUUUGUGAGACGCCUCCGAAGCGGCAGCAAGUAGUAGUUGGUAGCAUUUGCAGUCGUCAGUCGCAAUCGCAGUGCAUUUUCACACAUUGUGCUCGGAGAGUUCAUUCAAAUUUAGAAACGUUUUUGCCGCGCAGCUGUUGAAGAAAUUCUAUUCGGUUUAUUCGUGUUUAUUUUAACAUAUUCAAAACGAACGAAUUUUGACAAGCACAAAAGGGAAACAAAAGGAAAAACCACAAAAAGAAACGUAGAAAAUAGAACACACAAGAUAAACCACAAAAAGAACGCACACACUAAAAGUGAAAGUGAAAACAAGAAUUCAAAAAAAUACCGAAAACAACAACAAAGUUUUGCAUUUGCUUUUGCUUCGCCUCUAUCAUCUAUCUUCUAUCGUCUCCUAUCAGAAUUGCCUCGCUGCAUUUAUAUUUUUUGUUGAGAUCCGUCUGUGCCGUAUUAUCAGUCUGCCACUGGAUAAGGAGGAGCAUUCGACUUCUCGACUUCUGAAGCAGAUUGGAGGUGCAGUGAAGUGUUCAGUGCGGUGCGGUGAAGUGCGGUGUUCGGUUCAGUGUCGUGUUAAUGCACUCGCGAUCGUCCGACAAUUGAUUGCAUUAAGUUCUAUAUAUAUAUACUUAUACUAUAUAAACGCAUAUUCAUAUUUAUGUAUAUGGCAAAUCCGAAUCGCGACUUUUGUGAUUUGCUAUUUUCAAUUGAACGAUUAAUUGGCGUAGAUUAUAAAUAGAUUCGCAAAGCCAAGUUCAGUGUCAACAUGUGCGCAGCAUCAAAAUUCAAUUGACCGACUGAAAACUGUAUUUAUAGAGCUCAUUUGAACAAAAUUUAAAAAUAAACUGUUUGUAAGAAAAACAAUCAUUACUGUGAUAUUUUGAAAAGACAAAAAUAUGGCGAUAUCAAAGGACGCAAAACUGGAGAAAACGCGAGAGCUGAUCAGCGAGCAGGGCAUGAAGGAUUUGCUUACCAGGCAGCUGGAAAUUGUGGGCAGUGGAGGUGCCUUUGUUUGGGCAAUCUUCUUUCUCUGCGUCACUCCCAACAUAUUGAACGGUUUCCAUGUGUCCUCCUAUACGCUGAUCGGUCACCAACCUGACGAUCCUCGGUGCAAUGUUGAUGAUCUGCGUGCUUCAAACUGGACGCUGGAGCAGAAACGCAGUAUCACAGAACGAGAAUUGGAAAGGGAGAAAGGUUGCAAGGUCUGGGAUUGGGAUUAUAAGCAUUUGAGUGGCAUGUCCUUUGAGGAUGCUCAGAACUACACGACACGCUUGGCUCUGAUCAACAAACCCGCCAAUGUCUCCUGCAAGGUGAAGGGCAACUACGAGUAUCUAAAUCCAGAGAGUACUUUCGUCACAGACUGGGACUUGGUCUGUGAUCGCGAGAUUCAACGGACUUCCGCUCAGGUUUCCAUCUCACUGGGCAAGUUCUGUGGCUCCUUCUCCUUUGGCAUUCUAGCUGACAAAUUUGGCCGCAAGACUUCUUUCACCCUUGGCGCCGCAUUCUACAUUGUAGGCAGCAUCAUGUGCAGCUUCUCCCCCUGGUACAGUCUCUUCCUGGUGGGACGUUUUGCUCUUGGCGCUGCCUCCUCGGGUAUCUUCUAUCCAGCCUUUACAAUGAUUGUGGAAAACAUUUGUUUGAAGCAUCGUUCGUGGAUGUCCAUUGCCUUCUCCGCUUCGUAUCCAGUGGGCAUGAUCAUGCUGGCGAUUACAGGGUAUCUGAUACAACCGUGGCGCUAUUUGCAGCUGGCACUCACGAUACCCUCAAUGCUGCUAAUACUCAAUUGCUACUUAAUGAAUGAAUCACCGAGAUGGUUGAUCACCAAGAAGCGCUACGAUCGCGUCUAUCGGAUUCUCUUCAAGCAGCCCAGUCACUAUGAGGUUCAGCCAGCAAUCGCCCCAGCCACCGAAAUUGUUAGCGAUAAGAAAACACUGGAACCCGCUUCAAAUGAUUCACUUGGUCAGAAGCUAAGAAACGGGCCACUCAAGUCCAUCAUUGAGCUCUUCUCGAACCCGAAAGUGCGCAAAUUGAUCUUCACCUCGUACUUUAUGUUCUGCGUUACUUCGCUGAGUUACUAUGUGACAGCUUUGAAUGCGGACAACAUGAAAGUGAGUCGCUAUCUGUUUAUUAUAGCCACCGGCUUGGUGGAUAUUCCUUCGUAUCUGGUGCCCGUGUUUAUGCUGCGCUUCACUGGACGUCGCAUCACCACGAUGUUCCUUUUCAUGUGGACUGGAGUCUCGUUGCUCCUGGUGCUCGCUGUGCCCGCUGGCAACACCACGUGGAUUGUGAUAUUUGCGCUGCUGGGACGCUUUGGCAUCAGUGCCACUUACUCGGUGGUCACGCUCUACACCGCUGAACUGUAUCCCACGGAGAUACGUAACUCGGCAUUGGGAACUUGUUCGACGUGGGCGCAUGUAGGUUCGAUAUCGGCGCCGUAUGUCGUCGAUGUGCUGGGUGCCUUGGGCUGGUACAUUCCAACAACGAUUUGUGGCUGCUGCGUUUUAGUAGCAGGUCUGCUAACACUCACGCUGCCCGAGACGGGCACUGGGAAAUUGUCGGACAAGGUGGAGGAUUCCGCCUCCUCAUCGACCGAAGUGAAGGCUGAAAAGCAGUAA